AUGACAGCUACACAUACCGCCAGAGCCGAUGGUAGCCUCCUAGCUAGCUAUCUGCAUGAGAUGCCGUUCGAAGAUGGGACGAGCAACAGCAAGCCACCCAAAUUUGGGGUUAUCAAGAUCACCAAUAUCCCUUAUGCGGUGACGAAGCAUGAGGUUUUGCAGUUUCUUGGACGUAACGCCAGUCCCCUGAGUCCUGACUUGGGAUAUCCUGUUCACAUCAUCAUGGAGCGUUCGACUGGCAAGACCAUGGACUGCUAUGUUGAAUUCCCCACCAUUCCUGAUGCGGAGCAAACCCUUAGCUGGGUCAACCGUUGUCUAGAGAACUUCCAGUCACCCAAGUUGGGUAAUCGUCACGUUAUAGUGAGGCUUAGUAGCCAGGACGAGUUGCUUAACGACCUUUUCCCUCAUGCGAAAUGUGUUGAGUGGAGAGAUGGUGUCCCGUACGUGGAUAAUUCCAAAAAGGACAAGUAUUGCUCUGGAUUUCAGGGGUUCUUGACCGGAGAAGAAAUCUUCUGCACUGUACGACAUGCUGAGGUUCCUAAUCGCUCCCCUUACUGUACAAAAUGUCUUCAGCGCCCGUAUGAGAAUAUGACAAGCACCCUGCACAAGUAUCCCUGGUAUGCAACACAUUGUUUCACCGUGGAAGAUCGCAAUCAGCUUUUUUCUGCUACAUUUCGUCUACUUCAUGCACUGGUGCCGAAAGUCGAAAGGGGAAGAACCAUCGGGCUCGACUCGCGCGUUGUUGAGGAUUUGCUGCGAGCGGGACUUCACUGCCCCGUCUUUAAUAACCGCCAGAAAUUUGUUCUGAACAUUGCUGCAAAGAACUGGAAUGGCCCUAAAUCUCUCUCUUCGCGUUACUGGCCGUUUGACACUCUGGUCCAAAAGAAUAAUGCUAGUGAGGAGUUGGUGAUGGAAUAUGCCGAACUGAUUGCUGCUGGUGUUGGCAGCCAGAAUCCUGCUUGCAAGAUACCUAUUAAUACCUGGAAUCCUGUUAUGCAUGCUGGUUCUCCAUUUGGCAAGAUCUGGAUUGAAUGGGGAUGGGGCAAUACCCAUCAUAAGUGGCACGACGCAGUGGAAUAUGAGAGAGGUGCUUUGAGUCGACUCAUUGCUGAGGGUCUGCAGGUGAAAAAUAAUGCUGAAAAUGAAACACUCCCUGUUGUAUCCAAAACCCCAUCAACCUCAAUUUCAGUGGGUAAUGUACCUGCAGCCGGAGGUCCAACUGCGGCUGGACGUAGCAAUGUAGGAUCGGUCCCCACCUUUCGUUUCCCCAUUCGCCUCGCCCACAACGUGCACCGCCAUACCAGCUCUGCGCCGAUCAAUUUAAUCCGCGAUCUGAACCCUGCCAAUACGUCUAGACUCACCAACGAUGAUCCCCAUUCUGUCCAACCUCGUCCGCGCCCGCAUUCCAACUCCAUUUCGGGAACCUCUGAGAAAACUAUCACCCGUAAUAAUAUUUUCGGGUCAGUUGGUGGUAAAAUCCGUCGUCGCAACCGUGCUGCGACUGCUGGGAGCCGCCACUCCCCAGUUCUUGAAGUCGAUGAGGAUCACUAUGCAAAUCUCGUGUGA